AUGAAAUUUGAGAAUGACUCUGAUCAAAGAGGCCGUAAUAUGACAGUAUCUCUCUGGGGGAAGUCGAAUGACAUUAAUCAACUUGAACCUGGGUUACAAAUUUUACCCUGUAGAAUCAAUGGCGCAUUAACACCCGAACAACUCUCUGCAUAUCAAGCUAUGUUCAGAAUACAAGAGAUUACACAGAUAUUAUUGAACGACAAUUUAGAACCUCCAAGAUCAUUCACAAGAUCCGGAUCUCCACCUCCAGUAUAUGAUUCAAAAGGUAAAAGAACCAAUAGCCGUGAACAGAGGUACAAGAAGAAAUUAGAAGAGGAGAGACAUCGUUUGGUCGAACUAGCUUUAAAGAUCAUUCCUCAUUUCGUAGCACCAGAUGAUUAUAAAAGACCUACAAAAUUUCAAGAUAAAUAUUAUAUUCCUGUAAAUGAUUAUCCUGAAAUUAAUUUUGUUGGUCUACUAUUAGGCCCUCGUGGUAAUACAUUGAGGAAACUACAAGAAGAAUCCGGCUGUAAAAUUGCUAUCAGAGGACGAGGAUCCGUUAAAGAAGGUAAAAGUGCCAAUGACUUACCCAAAGGUGCGAUGAAUUUCGCAGAUCCAUUACAUUGUUUAAUUAUUGCAGAUAAUGAAGAUAAAGUUCAAAGGGGGAUCAAAGCUUGCGAGAACAUUGUAGUAAAAGCCGUUACAUCUCCUGAUGGGCAAAAUGACCUAAAACGAGGUCAAUUACGAGAGCUAGCAGAACUUAAUGGUACAUUAAGAGAAGAUAAUAGGCCAUGCCCUAUUUGUGGUAUUGAAGGGCACAAGAGAUAUGACUGUCCAAAUAAAGAAGCAUUUGCACAGAAAGUUAAAUGUAGAAACUGCAACCAACCUGGCCACACCACACGAGAUUGUAACCAACCAAGGUCUAAUAAUGAUAUUUCGCGUUAUAAUAAUGCUCCUACGUUUUCAAAUACACCAUCCGAGUCUGCUAUUAAUUCUAAUUGGAAUAAUUAUGAUAGCACGACGGACCUGUAUUCACAAAAAGUUACAACUGAUAACCAAAGUUAUUCUCAAAAAUCAAGUUAUUUUUCAAGAUAUAAUAGAGAAGUUAAAAAAAACAAUACAAACAAUUAUAACUCAGGCCUUGACAAUCAAUCAUCUUCUCAAUCACCAAAUUAUCAGGGUGAAGGCAUACCUUCUGCAACCAAUGAAUCGUACUCAGACACAUUCCCACCAAUAGAACCACCUACUGCAAAUAAUCAGCUUGGAAAUGUACCAGGAAUGGAGUCAUCAGAUUUCUAUUCUGAAGUUGGUGAAAAUAUCUCCAUCAUAGAUACCCUUCCACCGCAUACUUCUAUACCAGACAUGAUACCACCACCACCACCUCCAGGAAUGGAUGCUCCACCAGGGCUUAAUGCUGAUGAAACACCAACAAUUGAAGCACCUCCAGGUCUUCUGGGUCCUCCUGGGUUAUAG